CAUUCUGCAUCCCCUCUGCCACACUCUUUCUGAAGUUUUAUAACUUUGCUGUAUCAUCUGUAUAACCGUGAAGAUGUUUCCUGUGUGUGUGUUUGUUUGUGCUGUGAUGAUUCUGACCCAUGCUGCUGUUCUCCCCGAAGGAGGGAGUGGAACUAAUCAAACAGCCAAAAGUCACCUGGUCAAGAGGUCCUCUGAUUGUCCUGGUGGUUGGACUCUGUUGAGUGGUCGCUGUUUCCUCUACGUUCCAAGACGCAUGACAUGGGCUAAAGCAGAGAAAAACUGCUUGUUCAUGGGGGCCAACCUUGCAUCUGUGCACAGCAGCACAGAGUAUCAUGGGAUUCAGCACCUGAUAGUGACUGCCAGUCAUGACUACCAAGAAACUUGGAUUGGAGGAAGUGAUGCACAGGAGAACAAGGCCUGGUUAUGGA